GUUUUCCUCUUGUUGCUCUCGGUCAGUGUGUUUACUACUCUACGCAAGGAGCAUUGGCUGGCAAGUGGCUGUGUGAGAGUGUGCAAGUGAGGAGUGUGAGAGCGAACACAUGGCUUAUGUUUGUGAGCUCCCGACAACUUUUGCAGAUAACUGUUCUUACAACUACAACGGUUACUGCUACACAUUCAGCUCGUCAGCCCAAACAUUUAUUGGUGCACAAAGCACGUGCGCACAAAGCGGCGGAAGCCUUGCGUCAAUACAUUCUGCAAAUGAAAACCGUUAUAUUACCACUUUCGCCUCAGAAGAUUUCUAUUAUAUUGGAGCAGUAUGGAAAACUGACUACAGUCUCCGUUGGAUGGACGGUUCUGCGUGGAAUUACAUCUGGCUUCUGGUACGGUGACGAUUGUAGUUAUAGGAGAGAAUAUGUAUGCAAGCGAGAAGCUGGUGUGCAAUACACAACUGUUCCACCGCCAGCCACUGUCACACCAAACCCUGCAAACCCAUCAAAUUGCAACGCAGGACUACUAAUGUCUACUGGAGUAUUCACUUCUCCAAACUAUCCACAAAAUUACUUCAACAACGAAAACUGCACUUAUCAACUUUCAACACUUGGAUCGUACAGGAUUAAUUUGAGUUUUACUAGCUUCCACACGGAAGGUUAUUAUGAUGUUGUUUCGGUGUACGAUGGACCUACAACAAACUAUCCAAGUUUGGGUCGUUUCUAUGGGUACCAAAAUCCUAUUUACGUGACAUCGAGUGGAAAUAAUAUGCUUGAAACGUUUACAUCAAAUGAAGCAACCGUUUUCCAAGGAUUCACUGCAAGAUUUUACUCGGUUGUCUACAGAUCGUAA